GGCAUAUGCUACACGAGGAGAUGGCAUGAGAGGAAGAGGACGUGGAAGAGGUGGAAAGACAUACAGAGCGGGCCGAUCGAAUGACAUCAGACCAACCCCAUCUAAAAAUGAUCAACAACAAAAUCAAGAAGAACAAAAAGAGGAAGAAGAAAUAGCAGCCUCGAUUGUAGAGCAACCUAAACCAUCAUGGGCCAGUAUUCUCAGAGGUCCUCCCAAACCUGAUGUAGUAGAAAGUGUGGAAAAAGCAGAAGCCAAGACAGGAGAAAAUAAGACGGAAGAAGACAAUGAAAAAUAUAUUGAGAAAGAUGAUGGAGAGCCAAAAGAAACAGGGAAGGAAGACAGCAGAAUCCUCGAUUCAAACGCAGUCCGUGUGACUGAGGACGAGACAUCACCCAUUAAAGAAAACGAACCAGAAAGAAAGGGCGAAAAUGACGGUGGUGGUGGAAAGGAUGACGAUGUGUCUCUUGAGCAGAACCCACUUGUUGAUCCACCUGUAGAUCCACCUGUAGAUCCGCCUGUAGAUCCGCCUGCAGAUCCGCUUAUUGAUUCUCUCGUUGACACACCUACAGAAGCAGGAGAAGAAGCAGAAGCAGAAGCAGAGACUACCGAAGAGCCAAAAGAAAUUCCUAGACAGUCUAUCAAUACAGAGCCUUUUCUGGCAGUCGAUGAAUCAAAUACAACCAUGGGAGG